AUGCCGACCAUGGUGAAGGAGCUGGGUUCCGGGGACAGCAGCGAUGCCAUCUACGUCUGGGUUGCCAAUGCCUACUUCCUCACCAUGACCGCAUUCCAGCCCUUGUACGGUCAGGCGUCCAAUAUUUUUGGUCGCCGCACCAUGACAGUGCUCUCAGUCCUGCUCUUUGCCGUGGGCUCGGCCGUGUCGGGCGCUGCCACGAGCAUGGCCAUGCUGGUCGCCGGUCGAGCCGUCAUGGGUACCGGGGGCGGCGGCAUCCUGGUCAUGAUCGAGAUCAUCAUCUGCGAUUUGUGCCCGCUGCGCGACCGGCCCAAGUAUCUCGGCAUGGUCAUGAGCUUCUUCGGAGUUGCCAUGUGUGUCGGCCCGCUCAUAGGGGGCGGCCUCGCCGAACACGCGAGCUGGCGGUGGAUUUUCUAUCUGAACCUCCCCGUCGCGGCCGUGUCGCUGGUGCCGCUGCUCCUGUUCCUCCGCGUCCGAUACCAGCGGGACUCGAUCGGGCGCAUGCUGGCCCGUGUCGACUGGGGCGGAAACGCCCUCUUCGCUGCGUCCGUCACGGCCAUCCUCCUCGCCCUGACCUGGGCGGGCACUGAGCAGCCGUGGUCGUCUUGGAGGACGCUGGUGCCGUUGCUCCUCGGCGCACUCGGCCUGGCCGUGUUCCUGGCCAUCGAAUCGACCGGUUUUAUUGCCCAGCCGACCAUGCCCCUACGAUUGUUCGCCCACCGUACCUCGCUCGGCGCCUUUGGCCUCACCUUUGUCGCCAGCAUUCUCACAUACUGGAUGAGCUACUGGUUACCCGUGUAUUUCCAAGCUGUCAGAGAGGCAUCGCCCACGCAGUCUGGCGUCGAUACGCUUCCAGUGUCCAUGAUCAUGAUACCCUUUUCCAUCGUGGCUGGCGGGGGCGUCACAGCAAUGGGCCGUUUUCGACCCUUUCAACUGGCGGGCAUCUCGCUCCUGACAAUCUCAAUGGGGCUGUUUUCGAUGCUCGACAUUGAUUCGUCAACGGGCUAUUGGGUUGGCUUUCAAGUCGUGUGCGCAGCGGGAGCCGGCAUGCUCCUUACCUGCACCUUACCGGCCGUCCAAGCGCCCCUCCCAGAGGCCGACACGGCCAUUGCCACGGCCACUUGGGGUUUCCUCCGCAGUUUUGGUGGCAUCUGGGGUAUCGCUAUUCCUACUUCCAUCUUCAACACCCAUGUCAAUUCCCUCCUCGACGCGGGCCGCGUGAGUGACAGCGAGCUGGCCGACGCCUUGCGCGAUGGCGGUGCCUAUGCCCUAGCCUCCAUGGGCUUUAUUCAGGCACUUCCCGAGGACCUGAAGCACCAAGUCAAAACAGUCUAUGUUGAUAGUCUCCGCCUGGUCUGGCAGGUUGCCAUUGGGUUUGGCCUGCUCGGCUUUUUGGUCGCCUUGGUGAUCAAGGAGGUGAAAAUGCGCGAAGACCUCAAAACCGAGUUUGGCCUGAUUGACGACAACAAUAUACCCAGCCCGGCUGAUGGUCCGGCAGCUGCUGCCCCGGCGAUCCACGGUUCAGAAGCCCCUGAGAAAGAUCGAGACGUGGAGCGGGACCCGUGA